AUGGGGCUGGCCCUCUGGAGCUACGCUGUCCACCCCGCAGAACCGGAGCCCGUGCAAGGCCUAAACCAAGAGUGGACCCAGAGGGCAGGUGCCCAGGAGAAGUUAACGAAGGCAGGCCUGUGGGCCGGGUGGGGCGGAGAUCGGGGGCGCCCGGCGCUGGUCACGGCAUUGGCUGCCCAGGUGCCGGGCGUGGUGGCAGGGGGGAGGAAGGGCGGGCGCCAGGCUGUGGGCACCCCCACCCGCUCCUUGACCAGCAGCCGCGUGUCCGGGCCCGGGGAGAAAGCAAGCAGGGAGGAGCAGAGGGGCCGAGCAGGGGCGGCCGUCUGCCCCCCCGAGCGAGAGCCCCCAGUGCCCUUGCUGCUGGGGCUGAAGAUCCUGCCUCUGUUCUCCCUGUCGGCCGUGGGGGGGGGAGGGGAUUCCAGCGGGGGGUCCCCCUCCCUGGUGGAGCAAACCCGAGGCUCUCGGCCUGUGAGCACAGCGGUGCUGCCCGGGCCGGGGACAGGGCCCAUGCAGGGUGCCGGGGGCUCCCGUCCUGGCAGCCACAAGUGUGCUGGCGACCAACAGGGGCCGGGCCUGUGCCAGGGUGAGAUCGAAUUCGGAGGGUCUGGGAAGAAGUGAGGCCAGGCACAGCGUGUCCAGAACCCUCCUCUCUCCGGCCUCAGCCUCUCCCGAGGGGAUGGGGACGCCCAGGUCACACAGCAGGUCAAGACGGGGCCUGCGGGAGCCCCCUGGCCUCUGGCUGCGACCCUGCCCCCCCCACCCUGUGGAGCCCAGCCCUCCCCUGUGCCCAGGGCCCCCUUACCCAGCAGCCCCAUACUCAGCACCCCCAUACUCAAUACCUCCGUGCCCAGCACCCCCAUACUCAGUACCCCCAUGCCCAACACACUCAUGUCGCUGGUGGGCGAGGAGCAGCCCUUUGUCCUGAAGCCAUGGCUGAGGGACGUCCUGCGAAAGGGGCUGGUGAAGGCGGCUCAGAGCACACGUGCCUGGAUCCUGACCAGUGCACUCCGUGUGGGCCUUGCCCGGUACGUCGGACAGGCUGUGUGUGACCACUCACUGGCCAGCACGUCCACCAAGGCCCACGUGGUGGCCAUCGGCAUUGCCUCAUUGGGCCGCGUGCUGCACUGUCAGCUUCUGGACGACGCCCAAGAGGACAGCCCUGUCCACUACCCCAUGGACGAUGGUGGCAACCAGGGCCCCCUCUGCCCCCGGAAAACAACCACUCCCACUUCAUCCUGGUGGACCCGGGCACCCCUGGGAAGCAGCAUCGAGAUCCCCGUCCUCUGUCUGCUGGUCGAUGGUGACCCCAGCACCCUGGAGGUAGGCAGCGGCGGCAGGACGUCCAGGGCCGUGGAGCAUGCCGGCCCGUGGCUCAUCCUGGCGGGCUCGGGGCGCGUCGCCGACAUGCUUGCUGCCCUGACGAACCAGCCCCACCUCCUGGUGCCCCAGGUGGCCGAGAAGCAGUUUAGAGAGAAGUUUCCCAGUGAGAACUUCUCCUGGGAGGACAUCGUGCACUGGACAGAACUGGUAUGUACCGGCCAAGACCGCAGUCAGGAGGGCGCCAACUCGGGGCCUUUGUCCAUCCUCAAGGCACUGGUGAAAGCCCACAAGAGCCGCAGCCAGGAGGCGCAGGACUGCCCGGAUGAGCUGAAGCUGCCCGUGGCCUGGGACCGCGUGGACAUCGCCAGGAGCGAGAUCUUCAACAGGGACGUGCAGUGGAAGUCCCGCGACCUGGAGGAGGUGAUGAUGGACGCGCCGGUGAGCAGCAAGCCUGAGUUCGUGCGCCUCUUCGUGGACAGUGGCGCCGACGUGGCGGACUUGACAUACGGGCGGCUGCAGCAGCUCUACCGCUCGGUGCCCCCCAAGAGCCUGCUCUUCCACCUGCUGCAGCGCAAGCACGAGGAAGGCCGGCUGACGUGGGCCGGGCUGGGCGCCCAGCAGGCCCGGGAGCCGCCCGCCUUCUCCCUGCACGAGGUGUCGCGGGUGUUCAGGGACUUCAUGCACGACGCCUGCCGUGGGCUCUACCAGGCGGUGAGCUGUAAGCGGGCGGAGCAGGGCCCGGUCCGGCAGCCCACGGGCCAGAAGGGGCUGCUGGACCUGAACCAGAGGAGCGAGAACCCCUGGAGGGACCUGUUCCUGUGGGCGGCGCUGCAGAACAGCCACGAGAUGGCUACCUACUUCUGGGCCACGGGCCAGGAGGGCGUGGCAGCCGCUCUGGCCUCCUGCAAGAUCCUCAAAGAGAUGUCCCACCUGGAGCCGGAGGGGGGGGCCGAGGUGGGCCGCACCCUGCGUGAGGCCAAGCACGAGCAGCUGGCCCUGGACCUCUUCUCCUAGUGCUACCGUAAGCUGGUGCGCCGGAACCGCUCAUGCAGCAGGGCCACGUGUCUGCACCUGGCCACCGAGGCCGACACCGAGGCCUUCUUUGCCCACGACGGGGUGCAGGCCUUCCUGACCGAGAUCUGGUGGGGGGACGUGGCCGCGGGCACGCCCAUCCUGAGGCUGCUGGGUGCCUUCCUCUGCCCGGGCCUCGUGUAUACCAACCUCAUCACCUUCAGUGAGGAGGCCCCUCUAAGGACGGGCCCAGAGGACCUGCAGGGGCUGGGCAGUCUGGACACGGAGAAGAGGCUGCUCUGUGGCCCGGGCAGUCGGUGAGGGCCCUGCGGAGGGUGGGCAGUGGCAGGGAGGCUGGGUGCCGCAGCUGGCCAAGGCGCCAGGAACUCAGCGCGGCCGAGGCCCCGAGCCGCCUCCUCGUUCACGCGCUGGCGGAAGUUCUGGGGGGCACCCGUGACCGUGGUCCUGGGGAACGUGGUCACGUACUUUGCAUUCCUCUUCCUGUUCACCCACGUCCUGCUGGUGGACUCCAGGUUCCCUCCCCAGGGGCUGUCGGGGGCUGAGGUCACCCCCUACUUCUGGGUCUUCACGCUGGUGCUGGAGGAGAUCCGGCAGGGCUUCUUCACAGAUGAGGACACGCACCUGGGGAAGAAUGCACUCUACGUGGAGAACAACUGGAACAAGUGUGGCAUGGUGGCCAUGUUCCCGUUCGUCGUCGGUGUCACCUGCAGGAUGCUGCCCUCAGUGUUUGAGGCCGGUCGCACGAUCCUUGCCAUCGACUUCAUGGUGUUCACGCCCCGGCUCAUCCACGUCUUUGCCCUCCACAAGCAGCUGGGCCCCAAGAUCAUCAUCGUGGAGCGGAUGAUGAAGGACGUCUUCUUCCUCCUCUUCCUCCUGAGCAUGUGGCUUGUGGCCUACGGCGUGACCAGCCAGGCGCUGCUGCACCCCCAUGACGGGCGCCUGGAGUGCAUCUUCCGCCGUGUGCUCUACCGGCCGUACCUACAGAUCUUCGGGCAGAUCCCACUGGACGAGAUCGACGAAGCCUGCGUGAACUGCUCCGUGCACCCCCAGCUGCUGGAGGACUCGCCCUCCUGCCCCAACCUCGACGCCAGCUGGCUGGUCACCUUCCUGCUGGUCACCAACGUGCUGCUAAUGAACUCCCUCAUCGCCAUGCUCAGCUACACGUUCCAGGUGGUGCAGGGCAACGCGGACACUUUCUGGAAGUUCCAGCGCUACCACCUCAUCGUGGAGAACCACGAACGCCCCGCCCCGGCCCCGCCCUUCAUCCUUCUCAGCCACCUGAACCUGGUGCUCAAGAGGUUCUUCCGGAAGGAGGCCCAGCAGAAGGGGGCGCGCCUGGAGAGGGACCUGCCGGAGCCCCUGGACCAGAAGAUGGUCACCUGGGAGGCGGUGCAGAAGGAGAACUUCCUGAGCGAGCUGGAGAGGCGGAGGAAGGACAGCGGGGAGGAGCUGCCGCAGAAGACGGCCCACAGGUGCACUGCCUGCUCCUAUCCCAGGGUGGACUUCGUAGCCAAGUACCUCGGGGGCCUGAGAGAGCAGAAGCGGGUCGAGCGUCUGGAGUCUCAGGCGGGCAGGCACACCAGGGCGCCCUUCUCUCCCGGUGCAGGGGCCUGGCCGCGGGGCUCAGCAGUCAGGGCAGGGGCAGGGCAGGGAGGGCCUGGGGCUUCAUACUCGUACCCACCCUUCCCUGAGCGGGAGCCUGCAACUCUCCCCAGGGGGGUCCUGCAUUUAAGACCCCUCACCGUCUACUCCCCACAUCACAGUGCCAGAGGGCCUGCUCCCCCACCCCCCGCCUCCUCCGAGAGGCAGCCACCAGAGGAGGGUCACAGAGCAGUGCGGGCACCGGUGGGCAGGGGAGGCGGGCAUGGCGUGGCCCGGGAGCUCCCAGCACGCCUCCCUUCUGCAGGUCGACUACUGCACGGCGCUCCUCUCCUCCAUGGCCGACACGCUGGCCCGCAGGAACAGCUACUGGAACUCCCGAACUUCAGUGGUGGGAACCCACAGGCCUCUGCUGACCACAGAGGGGGCCUGGGCAGCAGGGAACACCCAGAGGCCGGCCGGCUGCCCUCGAACACCUGAGCCACUUGGACCAUCUGCACGCAGGGCCCACCUCUCCCAGAGCCCCAGGCCCCAUGGACACGCCGGCCUGCCCCCACCUCCAGUGGAGCCCCCCAGCAGGAUGUGGCUCGGGGCUUUGCCCUGCCCGGCACCUUCCCUGGACGUCCUGGGCCCGGGGUGCAGCGGUGUGUCGUGGGUCCCCCCUGACAGGCAGAGCCCUCAGGACCCCGAGCAGAACCAACCAGCCAGGCCCAGGAGAGCAGACACUUGUUGAGUGCCCUGUGCGGAGCACCUCCCGUUAGGUGGUCAGCUAGCUGCCUUGGAGUCCAUGCCCAACCUGUGUCGCCCACCAAGAGGCUGGUCUUUUUCUGAAA